AUGGGUAAAGCUCGAGGUGUAAGUCGUGGUUUGAUAAGUGCGUCGACAUCAUCUCCCAUCGCCUCUGUGACGUCUUCAGCGAAUCCAUCCGAACCUCCCUCUGUUUCCUCAGCUCCACCUUCCCCCCCUCCAUACCUCAGGACAUCCUUCCUUCGCCAACAGCUCUCGCUUGCAGCCUCUGGAAACACUCCCGUCGACUUCCCCAUGCUCGUUGAGCCUGAGCAUCCGCUUGAGGAGAACGAGUGGAUCGCUGUGCACACAAUCGGAUUGGUGGAAAAUGUGUGCAGUAUUUUCGACCCUCUCUAUGAGGUGUGUCUGUGUCGUGGUGCUGGCGGCAACAGCAACGGCAGUCCCUCAAAAUUUGUCGAGGAUUUAGACUUUGAGGAUCCCUGUUUGCAAACGAAGAAACCCGCUCGACAAGUGAUCAGUUUGAUGCUCUCUGAAUGCAACGAUGCGAUCCAAUCAGCGAGAAUCUUUCCAGUCAAACAGGGCCAGGCCUUUUCGCCUGCAGAUCUGCGGAAAGAGGCGGCCAGAAUCUGUAGAAAGUUAUUGCUCUGUUUGGUUCACAUUUACACUGCCCAUGUGAGCCAUUUGGAACAAUUGGACCUUGUGGCCCAUAUGAACACAAUAGCGAAACACUUUUUCGCCUUCACCUCGCGAUUCGAACUUAUCGAGGAAGAUGACAGGGCCCUGGGUGCACUCCACGGAUUUCACCGGCUCCUCCUGGAAACGCCUGCCCCAAACGCGAUCCCUUCCAGUCCCAGUACCGGCGCCGCUCCCCUCGUCCCGGUCUCUCUCACCCCUCCCUCCGCAACCCAAUUGGUUUCUUCCACGCAGGAGCAAGCUGCCACACCUGCAAGCUGA